UUCGAACUCUUCUUCGAAAGAAAACGAAAAAAUGUAUCUGCUCGGUUCUCAUGGUAUUUACGACGCCGUAAAAUGUGAAAUGUUUUAAUAGUGCAGAAAUGCAGUCACAAGAUGGACCUUUUAAUAGUGGAAGAAAUUUUGCAAAAAGCGAUUGCAAAUGGCCAUGAGACAAUUAAUCUAAGCCAUAGAAACAUUGGUGUUCUUUCAAGCAGUUUUCAAAAAUUGAAAAAUGUUAAACGUCUUUUAUUGAAUGACAAUCAAAUAAUGAUGCCUCCAUCAGAGUUAACUGAUCUAGUCAAAUUGGAAGAACUUGUUCUGGAUAACAAUAAACUGACUUUGCUUCCAACGGGACUGUGCAAACUGACAAAUCUAACAUACCUAAAUUUGUGUCAUAACCCACUAAGUGUUCUACCCGAGGAGAUUUGUCAGCUAAGUAGCCUUCAUCAGCUCUGGAUUGUGGAUUGUCAGCUAGUUAACCUGCCAUCAAACAUAGGAAACUUGAAAUAUCUGAGGAAGUUAAGUGCCCGGGAAAACUAUUUAGAAUCUCUUCCUCCCAGUUUCACACAGUUGGAAAAUCUAUCUUGGUUGUGCUUAUCGGAAAAUACGAUAAGAUUUUUACCUAAAUCUUUCUAUAAUUUGAAAAGUUUGACGCAUUUCAAUUUAAAUCAGAACCAGAUAAGUGAAGUACCAGAUUCAGUUUCUGAACUUCCAAACCUCACCUGUCUUUUAAUGAAGAAUAAUUUUGUGAGAGAAGUCAAAGAUGACACAAUACUUGCAUUAUCCAAACUUACUAAAUUUGAUCUCAGAGACAAUGAAAUCAAGGAAAAACCACCACAUUGGAAGGGACUAGAUUACAUAAUGAUUGGACAAAGUGGAAUAAAUGGCAUCCAGAGUAACGAUGAUCUGACGAGUGGACUAGAUGAGAUUGAAGAUGAAUGUUCAGAGGAAGAAGAAGAGGAGACAGAAGAAGAUGAAAAUAAUAAUGAAACCUAGAAAGACGACUAAAUGAUAAUUACAGCGAUCUUUUGAAGAAAAAUUCUAAAAUUACCAUUUCAUUGUCAAUGAUAAAACUGGACACUGUAAAGACUGCUAUUAUUCAUAUGAAAGAAUGAAAAUACAUAGCUUUUGUUUUCAUGUGUGCUAGCUGUUUGCAAUGCACAGAUCAUUUAGUGCCUUGUUUCAGCUGUUUCAAAUGUACAUCAGUUAAAAUACAUUUGGUUCAAUGGAUGUAUUAUACACUAUUUUA